CAUGGCUCCAGCCGCCUCACAGGCUAGGGAGCUAGCAGGACCAGCUGCCAAGUUAGGUAGGGGAGUUUGGCACCCACCUUGCCCCAUGCAAAGUCAGGGCAUUUGUGGUAACUCCCGAGCAGAAAUGGUAGCGAAUAAAGGUAAGCAGAUACGAAAAUCGGUCUUUAGUGCCCACAUUGCAUGUUGGGAGCAGCAUGGUAAGAAACCAGCUGCCCUGGUCCGUGGUGGCGCCGCUUCUGUUGUUGGACGGUGGGCACGUUUCUAUUCCUUCUAGAUCCAGAGAGAGCCUUUCUCCAAAGGCCCUUUUCUCUCGCCUUUCCUUUCUUUUGUGCAUUUGUAUUGUUCCUUGCAUCAAUCUGUUUGCCUCACUGUCUUGCCGCUAGCCCCGAUACAUCUGUAUUCAGGUCGAGUCUAGCCCUACGCCUGCGUGCAAGUAGUGCCCGAGUCAAGCCGGCGCAUUGAUUGCAUCACCUGAGGCUAUUACAAGCCGUUGCAUUUGACUCCGGCUGAACUAGCCUAUCGUUUCCAGAGCCUUGUAUUGGCUGCUUCUACCCAUCCAUAACCUCUACCCUCGCACCAGUUUCACGCACACUAGAUCUGAGCGCUCAACCAACAACUCGGAACUUGACAACGAAAACAAGAGGUCGCGUCCUGCGGUCUGUCUUGAGACGCAGUAUUGCAUUUCGCAAUCCAGUGUUGAGAUUUGUGUUGGGGCAUCUUGGUAACCUUACAGUUGACUGGAUCGCUAUGUCUCCCUGAACCAAUACUUCGCUCGUGCCCUUUUUCUCUUCGCCCUUGCGAUAAUAUUCACACCCAAAUAGGGUCCAACGUUUUCUAACCAUUCUGGUUAUUGGAGGGUUCUUCUCACUCAAAACGGUCCUUAACACCACGUUCAUUUACUGGAUUCCUGUCACAUACGCUUGGACCUAUACAGCACCAGACCACCGCCCGCAAUCACCUACAAUCAAGGACCGAAGUUGUGUCGAUUUCCUCUGAUCAUUUAUUUACCGGCAUUUUCUGAGAAAUCCAUUCAAUUCCUCAAUGAUCGAAUAGGCGCAUCUGGAGCUUGUUCAGUAUUUACGUUAUCGAUCUUGCAUUCCCGAUCCUCCGCCCUCCCUCCCAAUCAAUAUUUCUCCGAAUCGUCUGAGUCUCACAUUAUUUGCGGCCAUUCUAUGUAUGAAUUCGAAUCGCCUGAAAUCUACGCACUUCCCCCACUUCGUCUCUUUGCUAAAGUUCCGAAUCUCUUUCACUAUUCAUCGCUUCAGCGAUCGCCGCCACCAUCUCGGAAGCUCUUCCAGAAAGCACCUGUCACGAAACCGUCGGAAAUUACUUCGAAUAUAUAAAAGCUCCAAGCCUUGUCCAAAAGGAACCUGCAACUAGCCGAAUUAGCUUACAAAACAAAGAAGCGGCCCGUCACGUUGUGAGACGGAAUUCACAAGUUUCUCGGUGCUGGUACGACAGUAGGUCAGUCUCGUUUCAAGACCCAAAAGGUCUGGGAACAGCGCUAUUGGACGAUAUCAAAUAUCCUCUGCUCGCCAGAGAGAAACCUUUUGCAUCACAAAGCUAAACCAGUGUUGCGCUCGCAAAGCUCGCUAGAUUUCAAGCAGUCACAUCGAACCAAGGCUGUUUUACAAGCCAAGGGCGCAAAACUAGGAAAUACGAGGCCUAUACAUUUCUGGGCCAUAUACACCUAGCCUUGCUUCGAAUUUACUCAUUAAACAUUUCACAACUAUAUCGAUGCUAUCCGUCAGUCGCGCCGUCGACCAACCGCCACUCUCUCUCGGCAAGCUCCACGGCAUUCAUACCCCAGCUCUUCGCGCUGGUGGCUUCCAUUGGAUGUCAUUAGGGUCAAAUUCGGACACACCAGCCGCUACAAAGGCUUAUGUGUCCCCAUCACUAGCAAAUUCGCCAGCACUGCCAUCAAUAAUAGCGGCUGGUGCGGGUCAAGAACGAUACAGCCCGGUCAUCACCAUCUCUGGAACACAAACACAUCAUGACCAGCACCGCUGGCCAUCAUCAAAUACCAAUGAUCCUAAAAUCGGUCAAAACACAUCACUACCGCGCUAUCAUGAUACAUAUGCGAACAUUGCCAAGGAUGUAUCAACACACCCUGAAGUACACCCAUUAUCAAGGAUCGACAACCACGUUCAUCAACUGGUCAAUAAAAAUAUUAGCCCAACUGAAUCAUCGCCUCGUACUUCACUGCCUGCAACUUCUUCUGCAAAUGAGACUCAGGCCCAACCUCCCUCUCCAAAAUCUCAGAGGAAAGCCAAAAGCCAUGUUGCGUCCGCGUGUGUACCUUGCAAGCGAGCACAUCUAAGAUGUGAUGCACAACGACCAUGUUCGAGAUGUGUCAGCAAUGGCAAAGAAGACUCAUGUGUUGAUGUACAACACAAGAAGCGUGGCCGUCCUAGAUUAAGGGACGAUCGAGAGGCUCGAUACGAUCCAUCUCGCUUCCAUCAGCCUGCUGAAGGCGUAGUUCGCCAUCCUGUUCACAUCUUCGCGCCCUCGGCACCGCCAGCGACAAUGUAUAGUGAGCGUCCUCGACACUUUGUAGGACCAGAAUUUCCACCCGGUGCAGUGCCCAAUACGGCACCCAAUCCCAAAUAUCUGGAUCGAGUUCUUACACCGUCGCGCUCUGAUCAUCUGGCCUACGGAAAUCAGGCCGCAGUACCUUCCGAGCCGGUUGCUUUUAUGAAUUUGGAUCUCGAAUUUGUAAAAGUCUCUUCUACUUUCACCGAAGCACUCUCUUUACCUCAAACCCUAAUUGGUCGUCGGUUUAGUGAUCUUCUCCCGGCACCGGAAGCGGGUCGAGCCGCAGCAAUGCGCACUGAAUUUGUCAAUGAACAAAAGCGGCGCGAGCCAAGCUAUCUUCGACCGAUCUACGACAGAGGAGAACAGGCUGUGCAUGCUCUGCAGUUCACAACAGAGCAAGUCAACCGUGUUUCGUUUACCAAGCAUGAAUACUGGCCUAUCGUAUCUGUGAACGGACAAGUCAAGUCUCAAGCGCUCAAACUUGGCUUAUUGAAAGAAGGUCUUUUCUUUUUCAUCGUUGUCUAUCUUAGUCUGCCGGUCGACCGACGUGUUCGUUCAGAAUCGGACCCAACUCAGCAUCAUGCAGUACUAGAACGGUCCAGGUCUAAUCCGGCAGCCGCUGUGCGGCUAGAUCCAUAUUACCUCGAUCGACGUCGCAGCAGCAAUGAAUCAAGAUCAUCGUACUCGGCUUCAGGUAUCGCUUCACAAGGCUACCCCAGCUCGAGUCCUCGUAUCAGCCCACCACAGGCCCUUUAUUCUGCAUCCUCGUCGACAAGAAAGAACUACAAUAUGCAUACACCAUCACAGGUGCCUCGGAGUGAGCUACCGAAGUCUUCUCAUUUCCCUGCGUUCUCUCCUUACCAACUGCCACCUAUUCGUCCUCAACCAGCUUCACGAGAUUCUCCAAGCGUUGAAACCGAUGAGCAGCGAGAGAACAAGAGGCGACGAGUUACAAUUGGAGGACUAAUUGAUUCUCCAGAGACUUCGUCGAGACGCCAUUAGAUGAGGUUUAUCUCAAGCAAGAAUUGGGUGAUUUUCUCACGUUGUAUGUAGCUUUACUUUUGUAACAAUAUAUGUUGGAUAGAGGAUUUUACAGAACUGGUAGGAAGGGGCAAAAGGACGCACAUGUAAAGGGCUUUGGGGUUAAAAUAUAAACUCGAAUAUCAUUUCUACGUUAUA